AUGGCAAACCCUGAUCGAUUAUCUCUCAUCUUCGUUUCUCUGCUCGGUUCAUUGCUUUCGUUUAUCGUGAUAUGCAAUGCUCAAGGAACUACUGAGCACGAAGCCUUCAGCUAUAUAGAAGAUAGUUCAAAUGGACCGGGGAAAUGGGGAACUCUUAGGCCCGAGUGGAAAGCUUGCUCAAGCGGAGUAGCGCAAUCGCCUAUUGACAUCAAUGUCAAACAAGCACAAGUUCGACCAGAUGACUUGAAAGCGACUUACAAGCACGCACCUGCUAAACUUGUCAAUAGAGACCAUGCUGUCGCUGUGGAAUGGGAAGGAGAUGCCGGAGGAAUAGAAAUAAAUGGUGUAUCGUACAAGCUGAUUCAAUGUCAUUGGCAUACUCCUUCUGAGCAUACUCUUGAUGGGGUYAGGUUUGAUGCCGAGCUACAUUUGGUUCAUAAUAGUGGUGCAAACCGAAAGGCUGUUAUUGCUUGCUUUCACAGCAUUGGAGGAAACGACCCCUUUAUUGGAAAUCUGACAGAUAAGAUCAAGRUGCUUGGUUUAGAUGGAGUCGAUUUGGGUCGAAUAAGUGCAAGUAGUAUAAAGUGUGGAAGCAAGAAGAAUUUCAGAUAUAUUGGGUCUCUUACAACUCCUCCAUGCGAUGAGGAUGUCAUUUGGACAAUUACAGAUAAGAUUAGACCGGUUGCUGCGGACCAAGUCAAACUAUUGAAARAAACAGUUAAACCUGAAUUUGAAGAAAAUGCAAGGCCAAUUCAAGCACUCGGAGAAAGACAAAUUUGGCAAUUUGAUUUACCAACAGAUUCUCUUGCACCGACACCGGCAAACAGAUGA